AUGCGCGGUUUGCCUGUCUCUCCGGCGACACGCUUUCUCAUCUUUUCCGUACUCUCCUUCCUGGCACUCGUCCACGUGUUCCGUCAAAAAGUUGCGCUUCCAGUAAACAUCUUUCGAUUCAACUAUAUUUUCUUUCACUAAAAUUUUCAUUUCAGCUCCUUGGUGAACCUGAUUCAAUGUACAUGGCAUGGAACAGAUGCAUGUUCGAUGAGAUGUCUCAAUUGUCGACUCUAUCCGAAGAUGCAUUUUGGACAGGACUGGAGAAGCCUAUGCAAAAAUGCGAAGUCCUGAUGAGCCGAUUGACAAUGAUACCGUUCAAUAACAAAGAUGAGACCAAGUACUCCGUUCUUCCACUCAAAUCACACACUGUCAGCACAAUUGUUAGCCUCGGAGUCGGGCAAGAUGUGAAUGCGGAGCUGCUGCUUCGACAAGUAACGAUUGGCCGGCUCUACCGUGAAUCAACAAUACUCUUGCAGCGUCUCUACUCUGCUCAGUUCUUCGGCGCCGAUCCGAUUGUCGAAGGCAACGACGCGCUGUACUCUGCUUUCGGAACAUUCUUCCCGUUCGCAGUUGGAAACUCUUCAAGAAUGAGCAAUGCAUCCGUCCUUCUCAAUGGAUCGUACGUGGAUAAACCGGUGAUUCAUGUGGAAUUUGUGUACUUCUUGAAGAAACUCGUGAACAGAACGGUAGGAUAAUGAAUUGAAUGCGUUGAAUAACACUUUGUUGUUUUCCAGUAUUUCGACAACAUUUGGAUGGACGCGGAGAACGCAGAAUACGAGUUAUUCGAGUAUUUCUAUGUCGGAGGAGAGCUGGACAGGGCUGGAAUAACAGUGUGUCAGUUCAAUAUGGAGGUGAGAUUCGGAAGAAAUUUGUAAAAGACAAAGAACGAUUCAUUUCCAGGUGCAUUCGCCAGACGGGCAAAAGAAGAAACAGUUUAGAGAGUUUAUGACAAGGAUAUUUUCCGAUGAGAAGUACGCCUUCUUCCGACCUGUCCGUGCAAGUCAUUUCCGACUUUAUUUUGUGAAUUUCAAGGAUCCCAAAUGUACGAACGCGUACAUUGGUUAUUGA